AUGCGCCCUUUCACCCCGGGUCUCCGCCCAUUGAAUGCCCUUCUGUCGCAAGCACAGUCAUACACUACUGUUGCGCGCAUACAAUCUUCACGCUUCCUCUCAACACAAUCUUUCUCUCUAAACUCAGCUCGCCCAUCAUCUCUUCUCCCCCGCUCGCAGCGUAUCUUCCUCCAAACCCAAAUCCGAUACAACUCCCGCGCUCCUCACCCUCUCACCGAAUCACCCAAGACACCCAAGAGUCAGGCGGAGCAGGAGGCUGAAUGGGAAGCGCGGAACCAGGAGCGUCGCAAGGAUGAGGAAGCCUAUCGCAUUACAUUCACGUGUAAGCCGUGCGGUCAUCGCUCUUCCCACCGCAUGUCCAAGCAAGGCUACCAUCGUGGGACUGUGCUUAUCCAAUGUCCUGAGUGUGACUCGCGCCAUGUCAUGAGUGAUCACCUUGGUGUCUUCUUUGACAAGAAGACAACUCUGGAAGACCUUUUGAAAGAGAAAGGUCAGACAUUGACCCACGGCCACACGGAGGGCAACCUGGAAUUCUGGGAGGAUGGGUCUGUGAAGAGCUAUGACUUGGAGGGCAAGGAGAUACUGGGAGCAAGCGAUGAGGGUAAGUCGGCUUGA